UUGGUCGGUCUCUCUGUAGGGCUCAGCAGCUCGCUGGAGGGAUUUUCACUCGGCCACUGUGAUCGGUAACAAGAUGUUUGUUUUUGGGGGGCGCGCGGAUCGCUCCGGACCGUUUCACUCCAACAAUGAGAUCUACUGUAACCGAAUCCGAGUGUUUGAUCUGAUGACGGAGAGCUGGCUGGAAGCCCCUCAGUCUACAUUGCCCCCCGAAGGGAGGAGGAGCCAUUCGGCCUUCUCAUAUCACGGGGAGCUCUACGUGUUCGGGGGAUACAACGCUCGCCUGAACCGUCACUUCCAGGAUCUGUGGAAAUACACGCCGGGUAUGUGA